AUUGAGAAAUAUGGCGACUGAUAAUAAUAAUAAUACUGCUGCUACUGAUCCUACUGAAAAAGCCACUUUUGCUGCUGGUUGUUUCUGGGGUGUCGAAAAAGUUUUCAGAAGAAACUUUGGGAAUAAUUCCGGAUUCGAUACACGUGUAUGCAGCGGCACAUCAAAUCACGCCGAAGCAGUACAAAUCAUAUUUAACCCAGAAAACACGCGCUACGAAACGCUAGUCGAAUUCUUUUACAAGAUCCACGACCCGACCACACAAAACCGUCAAGGCAACGACAUCGGCACACAAUAUCGGUCUGCGAUAUUUUAUCAUUCCUUGGAACAAAAAGAGAUCGCGGAACGAGUCACAAAGUAUGUGCAAGAGAAGUCGAAUAACGAUAAAGAUUUGUAUCAAAACCAAAAGAUCACUACUGAGAUUGUUGAUGCGGGAACAUUUUAUAAUGCUGAAGAUUAUCAUCAGGAUUAUUUGACGAAAAACCCACAUGGUUACGAG